CUCUAGGCCAACCCCAAAGGUGGAGGAGACUACUGUCAGUUUGUUUCUUAAAAGCAAGUGGAAGGGCCUUCCCACUGAUGCUGUGGUCUCCCGGGUCAGAGCCGGCCUGGUCGAGGAAAUCCUCAGGCCAUCUGUGAGCAACGCGAGCCCUGAACCCUCUCGGAAAGCAGAGCCCGUCCGUCCCUCGCUCCAGAGUAGGGGCAGCAGGCCUGGAUCAGCUGCCGGGGUGCCUGCCAGUGGGGCCUUCUGCCUGUAGAGCAGGCUCAGGAGUCCUGGCUGAAGGUGUGUUCUGGGGCGGCCCAGGCAGCAGGCAGUGGUUGUGAUGGCAGAGGCAGAGGAGGUGGGGGCAGCAGUGGAGCUCAGAGGGCUGCCCCCCAACGUCUCAGAUGAACUUCUCAUACUCUACUUCGAGAACCACAGACGCUCUGGGGGGGGACCUGUGCUGAGCUGGCAGAGACUUGGCCACGGAGGCAUACUCACUUUUCGGGAGACUGCAGAUGCAGCAAGGGUCUUGGCCCAGAAGGAGCAUGAGCUGCACGGUGCUCAGCUAAGACUGCAGCCAGCCCCACCACGUGCUCCUGCACGCCUGCUGCUCCAAGGACUGCCCCCUGACACUGCACCCCAGCGCCUGGAACAGUACGUCCAGGAUCUGCUUCAGGCCAUGGGGCACCUGGAGCAGCCCUGCCUUGCCCUGGCCAGUCCUCGACCAGACCGGGCCCUGGUCCAGCUGCCUAAGCCACUUUCUGAGGCAGAAUUCCGUGUGCUGGAGGAGCAGGCUCAGACCCUGGGCCUGGAGGGAGCCAAGGUAUCCCUGGCACCAGUGCCCCAGGCCCGAGCAGUGCGUGUGGUGGGGGUCACCACUCCUGUGGACCCUCUGCUGCUGGAGCUGUACCUGGAGAAUGAGCGCCGCAGUGGUGGGGGCCCCCUGGUGGGCCUGCGCAGCCUACCAGGGCACCUAGGGACUGUGGUCUCCUUCCAGCAGUGGCAGGUGGCUGAAAGGGUACUACAGCAAAACCACCGGCUGCAGGACUCAGAGCUGAGCUUGGUCCCCCAUUACGACGUUCUGGAGCCUGAGGAGCUUGCUGUGGACACCAGUGGAGAGGACCACUCAGCCAAGUCGGGGCUUGGGGCCACUGAGCAUGCUCUUCUGGAGGCUGGAGAGCCAGUGAGGGCACUGAAAGGUGCAGAGACUGUGAUCUUGGGCUGUGAGGAGGCACCCAACCAGUCACAAACCUCUCUAAGGACAGAUCCCAUAGGGUCUCUGGGUCAGGCCAGGCCAGUCAGCUCAGAGCCUGCGGGGUCUUUGGGACAGGAGGAGCUAGGGAGCCUGGGCCUCCUGGGGUCUUCAGGGCAGGCAGAACUGGUAAACUCGAGGCCUGUAGGAUCUCCAGGCCCACUGGACUCAGUGGAGAAUGCCAUGGGGACUCUGGAGCAGGUGGAGUCAGGGAGCCUGGGGCCUGUGGUGUCACCAGAUCAGGAGGGGCUAGUGGAGAAGGUGCUAUUGAUGGAGCCAGGAGCCAUGCGCUUCAUACAGCUCUAUCACGAGGAUCUUCUUGCUGGCUUCGGAGAUAUUGCCCUCUUCCCACUUGAAGGAUCAGAUAUGACUGGCUUUCGGCUCUGUGGAGCCCUGGGCCCAUGCCAGGCAGCUGAGGAGUUCCUACAAAGUCUGCUAGGCAGCAUUAGCUGUCAUGUGCUGAGCCUGAAGCACCCAGGCAGUGCCAGGUUCCUGUUGGGCUCAGAGGGGCAGCACCUUCUUCAGGAGCUGGAGGCUCAGUUCCAGUGUGUCUUUGGGACGGAGCGUCUGGCCAGGGACACCCUGGACACAAACCCUGCAGAGGUGGACCCCACUGAGGCCCUCCAGGCCCUCCCUGGCCAGUCCCAGACUCUGUGGCCCCCAGACAGUUCAGGCAGUGACCAGGAGAACCUGAGCCUGGAGGAGGUCCGAGAGCUGCUGGCCACCCUGGAGGGCCUGAAUGGGGAGGACUGGCUGCCCCUGGAGCUGGGGGAGGAAGAACCUGAGGAGCAGCCAGAGGAGGAGCCUGUACCCAGGGCUGGGGAGGAGCCCAUGACCCCCAGCACUGGGGUACCUGGGCAGCUGGAGGAGGAAGCUGCACUGCAGUUGGCUCUCCACCGGUCGCUGGAGCCGCAAGGCCUAGUGGCUGAGCAGGAGGAGGCUGCUGCACUGCAGCAAGCACUGGCCCUCUCCCUGCUGGAGCCGACCCCACUGGAGGAGGAAGAGCUCCUGGGUCGGGGGACUGAUGGCCAGGCACAGCUGGUAGUACAUGCGGCCUUUGAGCAGGACAUGGAUGAGCUGGACCGGGCACUAGGGGCUGCCUUGGAGGUACACCUGCGGGAGGAGAGAGUAGGGCUUCGGGGUCACAUGCUGCCCACAGAACUGCGUGCCCGCCUGGAGCAGUGCCAUGGUGUGAGUGUUGCCCUUCACAAUGACUGUACUGUCCUCCGUGGCUUUGGGGUCCAGCCCACCCGGGCGGCCCGCCACUUAGCAGCACUGCUGGCUGGACCUCAGGAUCAGAGUUUGACUUUUCCCUUGGAGGCUUCGAGCCCCAUCAUGCCACAGCAGAGCCUGAAAGGGCCCUUGGGCAGGCUGGAGCGUCUGGCUGAGAACAGCUCAGAGUUCCAGGCAGUGGUGCAGGCCUUCUACAACACCCUGGACACUGUCCACAGCAGGAUCCGCAUUGUCCGGGUGGAACGCGUGUUGCACCCGCUGCUGCAGCAGCAGUACGAGCUGCACCGAGAGCGCCUGGAGCAGCGCUGUGAACGGCGCCCAGUGGAGCACGUCCUGUACCAUGGCACGUCGGCGCCCGCUGUCCCAGACAUCUGCGCGUAUGGCUUCAACCGCAGCUUCUGCGGCCGCAAUGGCACGCUCUACGGGCAGGGCGUGUACUUCGCCAAGCACGCCUCCCUGUCGGUGCAAGACCGCUAUUCGCCCCCCAAUACCGAUGGCCACAAAGCAGUGUUCGUGGCACGAGUGCUGACCGGUGACUACGGGAAGGGCCACCGCCAGCUGCGGGCACCCCCUCUGCGGGGCCCGGGCCACGUGCUUUUGCGUUACGACAGUGCCGUGGACUGCCUCCGCCAGCCCAGUAUCUUCGUCAUCUUUCACGACACCCAGGCGCUGCCCACCCACCUCAUCACAUGCGAGCACAUACCCCGGCCUCCCCCUGGGGACCCCUCUGAGCCCUUGGGCCUCUCCCCGGCCACCUAACCCGAGAGGUCCCUCUCGGCCCUGUCUCUGGCGCCCUGUCUCUAGCCUCCGCUCCCCAGGCUCCAGCUCCACACACCCUUACAGGUCUCUCCCCUGCCUGAGCGGCCCUGUGAACUCCCCUGCCUCCUGUUGCGGUGUGGGGACAGGCGGUGCAACGAGGAGGGCUGGGGCCCGGUGCCCUCAGUGGCCAGCCCAACCACCAGGGGUCAGCAGAGCCCAGGAGGAGGGCUGAUGGCCCAACACCAGCUGCCUAGGCCAGACCUUCCCCAAGCGCGACUCUGUCAUUUGAAUAAACGUGGAACAAGGCAGAGGGACCUGCUGGAGCUUGGCGUCUGCUCUCUGUUGAAAAGCGGGAGGGACCUCCGCGUGGCUAAGGGCAGAGCCCGCUGCUCCUUUGGGGCGGUUCUGGGCAGAGAGCCGAGACCCGACCCCGCUCGCACCCGAGCGACCCCACGUCGCCUUAGUGUCACGCACGCACGCACCCCCAACAACGUCUCCUUGCCGACCGUCCCACUCUGUGCGCGGGUAGGUGUUGGUUCCUGACGGUAGGAGUGUGCGCGGUGGGGGCACUGCCCAGGCGGAGCCGCACUCGUGUUCCAGUCCCGCCGCCUCCGUAAGCUCCCAGCC